CUUGUUCUUGGCUCCUGAUGCUGGCUUGAAGUCUUGUACGUCACGAUCUUCUUUAACGCGCUCAGGCUCCUGCAGUAGCUUCUCUUCAGAGACCGACGUUGAGGGGCUCAGUGUCGACCUGCCCGACCAGGUGGUGCUGCAGACCAGUGGGCUCUUCCGCAGCCCAGAGGAGUCGCCCAAAUCCCGGCGAUUGCAGUGGCUUCCUUUGGAGUCCUUUCGAGGUCGCAUCCUUUUGGACGAGGCUCGGCUGCAGCUCUUGCGCCCGGAGCUGCCGAUCAAAUGUGACACGGCGGCGUGGAUGAAUCCUGUUCACGAGUCAGACUGGUCGCAAACGAUGGGCAAGCGAAGACGAACACGACGAGGAAGAUGGACAGCUGCAGAUCCCAACCCCUUCGGUGAUCCGGAGAAGGUGAUCCGGUCUGAAUCGUGGCUGUUCAUUGCUCAGCUUGCCUUGGUGAGCGCCACUUUGACCAGCACUUGUUUGCCGGACGCUGUGGCUGUGGAUCAGCGGCGCAACCUGACGAACAUCGCAGGGGAGUCCUACCCCGUGGGGGUGGGGGUGUUUACAUGGGCCAGCGCAGGGCUGACCAGUGCAAUGAUCGAGAUUCUCACCGAAGAAGUCUUGGGAUACAACACCCGAGUGGAGCCAACGCCGAUGUCAUCCAGCGUGCAGGGGAUGUAUGGCGCUCUCGGGUGUGUCACAUGGUACGAUGCCGAUGACCGUGGUUGUGACAACCGUAAAGUGCGCAUUCACAUGGUGAUGGACAGUUGGUGGUUAACCUUUCCCAACAUCAUUGCUACCCUCACCGAGCAAUAUCAGGGUGAGAUGCCCGUCUCGGGAGGAAGCAUGGGCUAUAGAGGUGGUUCUGGCAUGUACGUGCCCCGAAACGUUUUGGACACUGGAGCAGCGGAGGGAGCUGCUAUGGAGUACUACAAAAGCUACAAUGCAAGCUGGCAUCAACCUUGGAAGUACUUCGACAAUGUGACCGUCCUCAAUACCAGUGCGGAGUUUAUGCCAUGCGCCGCCACUACAAUGUCGCUCAACUCAACCGCCUACAACUAUUGGAAAAUGAGUGGCGACGAUGCGGGGGUGGUCAUCACAGGAAACACGUAUACGGCCUUUUGCCCAGACGGCUACACUUGGAUGGCUCCUUCUUGCAGGAGCAAUCCUUUGACAUGCAUCAUGUUCAUCACGGGCGGCGAUGGUUGGGAUGUGUCACAAGGUUUGCAGCGAAGCGCAGUCUUCAACAUUCCCUUGAUGAUUGGAGUUGCAAAUUCUUGGGCCAAUUAUUUGGCCCUCCCGCCGCAGUACAAAGCCUUGCUGUAUUGGUGGACGCCAGACAACUCAUUCUUGGAGCUGGACCCGAAGCCAUUUGUUUUGCCGCCCCAGGACAAAUUCGCCUACAGCCAAGGAGAUGUCACGACGGCGUCCGAAAAUGUUGAUAUCGCCAAGGUCAUCAGUUUCGACUUGGACUUCAUGGCGCCCAACUUGGUGAAAUUGUUGGCCCAGAGCCAGAUUUCAUUGGAUGAGAUCAAUGACAUGAUGCGCACAUGGAAGGCCAAUUCUUCCGCUUCGCGGCACGAGGUGGCCUGUGACUGGCUGCAGAAGAACGAGAACACGAAGUUGGAUCCCCGAUCCGACCGUUUGCAACCGAGGCUCUGGGCUUUAUAG